GCUAAGGUUGUGGCGACGGCGACGGGGCCUAUAGUAAUAAUAAUAAUAAUAAUACCUAGUGUUGGGAAAAAUUUUUUUUUAAAAAAAUUGAAAUUACAAUUCGCGGACGAGCACGCGCGAGAAACGGCAAGACAACACACAGCCGCGACACCGCGUUUUAAAAGCUUGUGCAAUAACCGACAGGUUCGGCGGACCGAAAGCGCGAGUAACCACGGCCGUCGUUUUCAUGUGGCACACUACGACCGCGAUACGUUUGGUGUCUGGUCGCGCCGCGGCUUAACUCGGUCACUGAUACGCGCGGCCGUCCGCCCGGCACCCGAACGCCGUCAUCCGUGUGUUUUUCGACGAUUUACACGACGUACCGUUUUGUCGACGGCCACGACAACAACAACAAUUACACACCCACGUCCGCCAAGCGGUGCCCAGAGCAACUAUCAUGAGCGGUGACAACCUUACUAAACUGAAUGUGCCCGAUGAACUGCGAGAGAUACUCCUCGACCUCACCAUUGGCUAUCUUCUCGAGCAGCCCACCGACAUUAUCGACUAUGCAAUUGAGUUCUUUGAUAAGCUCAAAAAGUCGAGGCAACUACAACGUGUCGAAGACCGAUCAGACGAAUCGGAGGGUUCUGAUUUUGAAUCUCCACCAGCACGUUAUUGUACUAGACGCAAGUCAGUUUUUGCAGAAACUUACAAUCCAGAAGAAGAUGACGAAGAAGAGGGACCAAAGGUUGUAUUCCCUAAGUCUGAUGAUCAACGCCAAGCUCUUGCAACCAGUGUAAAGAACAUAUUUAUAUUCAGAGCUUUGGAUCCUGAACAAAUGAAUAACGUAAUUGAUGCCAUGUUUGACCGUCAAGUUCGCACCGGAGAUGUGAUUAUAAAACAGGGUGACGAUGGUGACAACUUUUAUGUCAUCGAUAGAGGUACAUUUGAAGCUUAUGUCAAUGAAUCUGAUGGUUCUGAACGUUUAGUGCAUACAUAUGAAAAUAAAGGAAGCUUUGGGGAACUUGCAUUACUGUAUAAUAUGCCUCGAGCUGCAACCAUAAAAUCUGUAUCAGAUGGUCUUUUAUGGGCAAUGGACCGCCAAAUGUUUAGACGAAUUGUGCUGAAAAGUGCAUUCAAAAAACGUAAAAUGUACGAAGAGCUUAUUGAUGUUGUUCCUAUGUUGAAAGCAUUACAAUCAUAUGAGAGAAUGAAUUUGGCGGACGCUUUAAUACCCAAGUAUUACGAAGAAAAUGACUGCAUUAUCAAUCAAGGAGAUCCAGGGGAUGGCAUGUAUUUUGUUGAAGAAGGUAUUGUUAAUGUAUUAGUCACUAGUGAUUCUGGCGAACAAAUCAAAGUGAAUCAAAUAGAAAAAGGCGGCUACUUUGGUGAAUUAGCACUUGUUACACAUAAAGGUCGAGCUGCAUCAGUUUUUGCUUCUGGAAAAGUAAAAUUAGCAUUUUUGGACGUUGACGCAUUUGAACGUUUGUUGGGACCAUGCAUGGAAAUCAUGAAGCGAAACAUUGGUGAUUAUGAAAAUCAACUGGUUAAAAUUUUUGGUUCCAAGCACAACAUAACAGAUAUUCGAUGAAUGAUAUGAUUGACUGAUAUCGUCAUUCUUUUGUGUAUGCGCGUCCAUUGUAGUUUUUUAUUUUUUUUUUUUGUUCCACCGACAUUUGGUAAAACUUUAUUUAUUUAUUUCUUCGUUUACCAUUUUACCUAUUCGUUAAUAUUAGAAACAAAUUAUAAUAUGUAUUUAUAUAUAUAUAAAUGUAUAUAUAUAUAUACAUACAUAUUAUGUAAUUAAAUACAUCUGCUACAAUCAAUCACACAAUUAUUAACUGUUGUAUACAUGUUAUGUAUAUAAAUUAUAUUUAUUUACUGUAGCAAUUUUUAAUUGAGGCAACCAUUGCGUUUAUAGAAAUAUUUGCAUUAUGUUAAUAUGAUUUCAUUUAUCGAGUUCUUAAACCUAGUUGUGUGAUGAAUAUAAUACAAAAAAACAGUAUUUGUAGUAAUACUUUUUAAAAUUUAGUAGCGUUUUUAAUUACAUACGUUAAAUAUUGUGUUUACUACUCGGGUAAAAUUUUCUAUUGAUUGUGUAUGCCGUUUUUCACUCAUAGGUUUUAAGCAGAUGCUCUAUCUUGACCAAUAUAAACUUACAGGUUAAUAUUAUCUUAAGGUCGAUUGAUGUUAUCGAUUUAGAGCAAUAAGUUGCCAUUCAGGGCCAUAACAGUUAUCAUACUCGCCGAUAAUUAUUUUUAUUGUAUAGUCGGUAAUAUAAUUUGUGAUUGUUCCGAGAUGACGAUGGUCAUCAGUAUUCAAGACAUUUUUGUACAAAUUUUCCUUCAUUCUUAAAAUCUGUCCACAUCUUUUACAUAGUGUAUACGGCUAUUGGAUUGUGAUGCUAAGAAGCUCAUAUCGCCGCCCCGGUAGAACAAUGACGCAACUGUAAAAUUUGGUAAAUUGGACUAAAUGCCUCGAACGCAUGAGGUAAAAAAACGACGUAACUGUAGUUGUAAUAAUUCAGUUGUAAUAAUUAAUUGUGCAUUCAUGAAUUAUUAACAUUUCAAUGAAAAAUAAUUUGGUUCUUCUGUAAAAUUUCAA